AGAGAAACUGCUGGUUCAGCUGCAGCGUCACGGUACGCUGGAACCUUCAGGAAAACACUAGCGAACCUUCAGGCACAUCGUCGCGUCAACCCGAGAGAGGCAGAGAUGAGGGGCGGCGGGCGGGCGCGGCAGAACGCGAUCCGGUCGGGCAUCGUGGUGCUGGGCGCCGCGGCCUUCGCCUACCUCUCCUACCGCGUCGGAUUCAAGCCCUACCUCGACCGCGCCCAGGAGGCCAUGGACUCCCAAAUCCACAGCUCCGACCACGCCGCAGCCGCAGCCGCCGCCGCCUCCUGGGAGGACCAGCCCGGUCACCCGGAGGGCGACGGCGGCCUCGCGCCGUCCAGGGACCCGGCCACCGUGCUCCGCGACUGACUCGCCCCGCCGUCAGGGGGCUUCCGCGGCAGCUUGGCUCGUUGUGGCAUUUCGCCGAACGCUUUGUAAGCGGAUAAUGAAGGUACUGGAACUGAACUGUUUUGGCACUGGAAUGAAUUUCCUUGCUGUUA